AUGUCAGACCUCAGCCAACUUUCAGCGUUCACAGCAGAUCACAGCCAGCAUGGACCCGAAUGGAUAGUCCCUGGCUCCCGCCCCCAAUCCCUCUUUUGUCUUGCCUGUGCCACGGAGACCUUUGAAGACAUUGCAUCUGAGGUGCCCCUGGUGAGGAAGAAGCACCUCCUAGUAGAGCUCUUGAAUGCCAUCAACUCACAUGACCAGCAUCUGUUGGACGUCCUAGCAGAAGAUGGACGUGUUGCAUGGCAUCUGACUCAGAAAGUCUUUGGUCUUCUUGAUAUAUCUGACAACACGAUCUCUGGUAUGGUUGUAGAAGUUUUGGUUCAACUGUGUUGCAUGCUGAAAUCGGAGGAGCUGGUGUGCUGUCUCCUGCAUCAGAUAUCCAAUCAGGUGAGACGAGCAUGUAAUUACAGUAGCAGCCAGCCGGCCCUCACCCUACUGGGUGGACUAUUGCAUUCCAUUCCAGCUCUUGUACAGACUCUCUACCAGAAUGAAGAGGUGCUGAUAGACUUUGUACUGACUGGCCUCACCUACCCAGACGAAAAAGUCAAAUCCUCCUGCGCCUUCAUUCUGGCACAUUGUGUAGCAUCAACAGCAGAGGGCAGUAGACAAGUUUCCCUGGCUCAUCAGAGUCAACUCACGGGUUGUCUCCUGCCGCUACUGGCAACAGCUCAGAGCAAUGAGUUAAGAAUCAAUGCUAUGGGCCUGUUAAAGAACCUUCUUGGGGAUGAGGAACCGACAAGAAUUUUAAUGCAGUACCAGGGGAAAACCAGCUUGGUAUCCAUUCUGAAAAAGAUGCUGUUGAGUAGAGAUGACGCCCUGCAGGUUACCAGUGUGCAGUGCACCGCUCAAGUCAUGCUCCAUCAGGCAACGCAGCAGGGUCCUUGUCACUACGCUGAAGAGUUACUGAACGGUGACGUGGCUGAAUUCCUCUAUGAGACCCUAGCGACAACCAACGGCUUAUUGUUGAGUUCGACAUUCUGCUGUCUGCUUCUAUUCACUGAGAUCAACAGUUUCUUCAGUAAAUGCCACACUGUCUAUGGCAUUGAAUCUAUCAUCAGGGCAAUACAGCAAGCUGCUAAACUCAACAACGCUGCGGCAUUAAACUAUGGGUUGCAACUAUUGUCUGAAAUCUUCAAAAAACAACCCCUGGAUACCCACCUGAUGAAUAAUGAGUCUACCCUGACGCAGCUCAGCUCAUUGCUGACUGACUGUAUGAAACACCCUGAUGUCAAUGUGGUCAUACACACCACCAAGACACUCACCAAUCUACUCAGACGAGACCACCUUCCCAGUCCAAUGAACUUCCAGUCCCUACUCACCCCUCUUCAAGCCCUGCUAGACAGCCUCCAACGUCUCCCAAAACCUCUAGCUGGUACAAGUCACCGUAAGCGCACCCAUCAUAGACACCAUGGGCAAGGAGAGGGGUUAAGUAGGCACCCCUCUAAGCAAGAGACGUUACUCAGUCAGGGGCUUGGAGCCAUCCAGAAGGCAUUCAGGCUAGCCACUGAUUGUCUGAAUGACCCAAGUACUACAGAGAAUCAUCUAACCGCACCCACGAACACCCAGACAACAGACGACAAGACUCAAAAUACUGGAGUGUCUUCCCUGAUUCAAUUCCUCAUGCAGGCUGUAGAUACAACAUGCAUUCCAAUCGUCAUGGUGAAUUUCAGUGACAUAUGUCUUCCUGACAUCUACACACAUCUAUUUGGAAUGCUGUGCGUUGCUUUAGAACUGGACACUUCAGACAGUGACAGGUUAAGUGCUAAACUGGCUUCAUCUUCUUUUAUUCACCUUGCCCUGACAGUCAGAAACAGAUUCCCAAUGCAAGCUGAACCACUCCAGGACACAGUCAACUCUUUCCUGUGCAAUCUCUGUACAUCUCUACAAGAUCUUCACCCUACCUCAUCGUCAGAUGACCGCCAAGAAUUGAUAGAAUUAUUACAGCAGGCUCUACCACAAAUACAGGGAAGUGCUGGUGAGAUGUUGAAUCUACUGUAUGAGUUAGCGUCUGUUAGCGGAGGGUCUAGUGCCCUGAUGGGUUUAGAUCAGGGGAAGAAUCUAGAUGGGAAGCAGCAGGCUGUCCUUGCAUUACUCUACUUUGCCUUCCUACAUAAUGACAGGUUGGUCCCGGAGACAACUCUGAGUAAAGCACUGAUUGCAUUCUUGUCUAACCAUCCAAACCUACAGCAGUUACCCAAACCAUCUCUCAAGCAUAUUCUCUUCCUCUUCGCAUGUUGCCAUGGCAACGGGGAGGAGCAUUCUAUGCACCCAGGGGUGCAGUGUUUAUUGAAAAUCCUACAGAGUGAAGAUCUUCACAGUAUAUACACCCAUCAUCCAUGCAUUCUGGAAUGGUGCUUUGGGUCAGUCAACUGUAACGUCCAAUUUGCAAGAAAAAUUCUGGAGCAAUGGUUGUUGAGUAGCGUGACUGAUGAUGACCAAGAGGUAACAACCAGACAGUGUACUGAGAGGACUACUAUACCUCAACUACUGAGGAAGACUCCACAGUGCUGUGAAACUCUACUGGACAUCAUGAGUAGUGGUAGUAACCCACUCAUCAGUAAGUCUCUAUCAUUACUAGAGAGCGUCUUCUGUGCUGAUCCCCUCUCUAAUGAUGAGGACCCUUCUGAGAUGAUAAUGAUGGUCUUAAGAAGGAGACUUCCUGAUGUUGUACAGAGGCUGUUUCUUUCUGAGACUGAACUCCCUACAGAUGUACACAUUGUUGCCUUGUUGCACUUGAUGUGCACAGUGCGGAUCAGACGACCUCAAAAUGAACUGAGUGCAGCUGAUGUCAAACUCAUGUAUCACGUAACCAAUCAACUGAGUAAAAGCCCAGUGAGCAGCCAAGAUGUCCGCCAAGCUAGUCUCAACUAUCUGACUUGUCUGCUCAUCCAGACUGCACCUCAUGGAGAGAGUAGAGUUGCCGCCAUACUACUAUCCAACAUCCCCACCCUGAAGUAUCUUGAGAUGAUGCUAUCUACUCAACCCACCCCGUCCAUCGAUCUUCACUGCUCCUGCCUAAGUAUUAUCGCUCACAUUAUCAUCUAUCAGACCAAGUUGAACAUCAAGGUCCCACACACCAUGAUGUUGGAUCUCAAUGCUGCAUUGGAAAUGCUAAAGAGCAACAAGCACCUCCCAAGAAAAGUGUGUGCAUUGCACCUGUGGACGGCCAUUUUUAACAGCAAGUUUGAAUCGCCGGUGCUGAUGUUAGUCGAGACUUCCAAACCAAGAACGCUCCUGAACGACGAGGAUGUGGGUCUUGGAAUCAAAUCAAAGGAUGUCAGAAUGAUCUACACCUUGCUACAAAAUACUAUUGCAAUUGGUGAUCCCUCACUCGGCCAAGCAGCAGUAACAUGUUUGAGAAGUCUGGUUACCUAUCUUAUGGACAAGAAUCAAGUACUGGGUCACCAUGUGUUGAGUCAGCCAUGGAACCACCAGCUCAUGAGAUGUUGUAUUGGUUCUAGUAUAGAAGAUGGCAGGUUACCAGACUAUGUCUUUCAGCUUAUUACAAUGUAUCUUCAGCAAGGGAAUAGAGGGAACGCGGUGAGUGUUCAGCAUCUAGACAGUGUGGCAGACUACCUCAAGUCAUUGGAUGUAAUAUUCUCUACUGACGUUGUAUUUGAGGCAAUCUCACUCAUUCAACAGGUUAUGAGCCAGCCACAUAUAAAGCUCUCCAUAAAGGGUGCACAUGGACUACAUACAUUCCUACAGCGUGUAGUGGACCUGACAGCAACCAACCCAACCAUCCGUCAUUUGAGUGGUGCGAUUAUACAGCAUCCAAGCACCAUCUCUACCUCAACAAUAACCACACUGGAGCAAGCUAGGGGGCUGGCAAGAGACCUCCUCAAACAGUUCACCAAGUACCCAGAGAUUAGCCAGUGA